CCCCCACCGAACCUCCUUACCACCAUCGUACCGGUCAGACCCCUCACUCCUCACACCUAGCUUAUCCUUCUCAAAUCUACUCAUAUCCCCCUUACGCUCCACAACCGGUCAGCAAUUCUGAUCAUGCUCCUCACCUUACCUCUCUCCGUUGCCUUUGUGGGAGGUCUCAUUCAUCCAGUCAUAGCCGCUUUCCUUGAGGCGGGUCACUCCGAACCUCUCUCCAUCAAUGUCACGAAGCGAGUUACCGGCAGACCUCAUCACAUGAAUGGCACCGAGACGAUCGACUUUGGCUCUGUCGGCAGCCACAUUCGAAGUAUCAAGAACAAGUACGCAAGGAACAGAGCCAACAUCGACGCCUACCGAGGUGUUUCCAAGCGAGCUGCCACUUCGGUCAUACCGCUGAAGGACAUUGCUGAGGGUAGUUAUUGGUCAGGAGUCGUCAAAAUCGGCGGCAAGUCCCAGAGAGUAGACUUCGACACGGGGUCCGGCAACAUUCUUCUCGACGCAGAUGCCUAUAUUCCAAGCUCAACUGCCAUCAACACCCACAAGCGCUUUUUCAAUGGCUAUGGCAUCUCCUCUAAUGAAGACACCUUCGAAGGGUAUAUCUAUCUGGACACCUUCUCGUCUGGCAAAUUGAAGCUUAGCAAUGUUUCCAUUGGUCGUAUCGAAACAGACGAUGAGGUGGUUACCUCGGCAGACGGUAUCGUCGGGCUGGCCUACCCACCCCUCAAUACUUUUGGAAAGGACAAUCCACCGCUAUUUGAUCUCCUCAUGGAGCAGAAGAAGCUUCCUGCCAACAAGUUCGGCUUUGCUCUGUCUGCCGGCUCCCCCGGUGGUACCCUCGAUCUCGGUGGGUACGACAAGUCCAAGUACACGGGCACAAUCACCUACCAUCCCGUCCAGACGAAGACGUUUUGGCAGCUCGAAGGGACCAUCAACGGUCAGCAUUUCAACAGUAUCGUUGACUCUGGAACUACUAUGAUCCUUGGCCCUGUCAGACAGGUGACGAGCUUCUUCGAGAAGAUGAAAGAAGUGGAAGUUAUCACUCACCAGGAAGAAUCGAUGACGCUGGGCUUCUACGAGUGCGACAAGUCUCCCAAGGUCACCCUCAAGUUCGGUAAGGCCACUGUCGUCCUGUCGCCCGAGGCUACUCAAUUCGGCAAGACGGAGGAUGGUCGAUGCGUGAUGUCUAUCGUGGGCACUGAGAUUGGCCAAGACGCCUGGAUCACCGGAGACCCCAUCUUCCUCUCCAGCUACGUCGCCUUCAAUCGAGACAAGGAUGCGGUUGGGUUUGCUAAGCGCAAGUAGGGCACCGAGUCAGGACCUCUUCUGCCUCUGAGCAGCGAUUUCUUUUCGUCGCCAAAGUGCCAGAGAUCUCCAGCACACCAUCUCUUGCGUCACCUUG